GGUUUAAUUAGGAUUUAAGAAAGAAGAGGAAAAGGACGAAGAAAGGACUAAAAAAAUUCAAAGAAUGGAAUCUGUGAAUUAACUCGAUCAUAUCUAACCUAAUCUAAUUUUUUAAAAUAUAAUCUGACGUAAGACGAGACGCGUGAAACAGAAAGAAUCGCGUGGAGCAGUGCAAAUUUCUUUGACAUCUAUCUUUUUUCUUCUUUUUUUUGGCGAACAGAGAUUUUAAAAUAAAAUCUCCACAGUUUCGAGUUUACUAUUUUUCAAAAUGUUCUCCAGAGACAGAAAAGGCGAGAUGAAUAUUGACGUGAUAUUGGACGAACCAUUGACUAGCGAUUCAUGCACAAAAGUUGUGAUAGAGCUCAUGAAAUAUAUUCUGUAUCAAAAGCAGCAGAUACCGUUCACAUAUGAGGCACUAGCUCAGUUCCAGACGAGUGUAAAAACGACAGAUAGGAACGCGGUCUCCUUCAGGACUCUAUCGAGCACACUGAAGAACGUUUCGGAUCAUUUAUCCUCGCAAUUCUUCCUCAAGGGUUGUGAUAUAAAGGAAAUUGCCAUAAUACUUGGCGCUACAAUACUAUCACCAAAGCUCUACAUUAGCAUAGAGCUUCCUUCAUAUGUUCUCAACAGCAAGCAGCACAAAGAGUAUCAACAUUCCUCUAGGAAACCGCUUUUGAAACUUAUGAGGUCUAUGUUGGAAUGUGAUGAGUUUCAGAAGGCUAUGAAUGCUCCUUUAAACAUGACAAACAUGUUUAUUAUGCUGAAGAAGAGCGACAAUAACUCAGUAUCUGAUUUCUUUUUACCUAAACCACAAUAUGUCCCACCUCUACAAAUGGCAAGUUGCUUCAAAAUUAAACUAUGUCAGAGUGAUCAAGUAGAGAUGAAGUGCAACUGUAGGACACUUGUUAAAAUAUAUCAUGACUCGUGUAAGACUUAUUUGGAGAAUGAAGAUGAUGUGCAAUAUACUCAGUAUAACAAUUCCACUCAGUCUUCCUAUCGAUGGUAUCAAUCAAAACAAAUCAUAAAAGGAUUUAAAUUUUAUUCGUGACCAUAACUUUGUAGCAUGGCAAUUA